UCUGAACUGAUGGCUUGGCAGGUUAGUCAAUUCAAGCCAGCUUUACCUGUCUUCCACAACUCCUCAACGUUUUAAUAGAGAUCAUCUUGUCACGAGCUCUAUAAAUACGAGCUCUUCUAAUUCAUUUUCACAUAAAAGCAGCAGCGAUAACAAUGAAAUCUACAUUGGGAGUACUCAGCUCUUUCCUUAUCUUUGCCUUUGUGACAAGGUCAUUGCCUGUGGCAGCCGGUGCUACACCUGAUCCAGUGCUUGACAUCGCUGGCCAGAAGCUCCGCACAGGCACCCAAUAUUACAUCUUGCCAGUUGUCCGUGGGAGAGGUGGUGGUCUUACUCUUGCCAGCACCGGGAAUGAAACCUGUCCUCUUGACGUCGUUCAGGAGCAACUUGAGGUAAAAGAUGGCCUGCCACUAACAUUUUCACCUGUGAACCUCACAAAAGGUGUUGUCCGUGUAUCCACUGAUAUGAACGUCAAGUUCUCCGCCGCAACAAUCUGUGUCCAAUCCACUGUGUGGAAGCUUGACAGCCAUGAUGACUCAUUGGGACAGUGGUUCGUGACAUCUGGCGGAAUCGAAGGAAAUCCUGGUCGCAAAACAACGAGCAACUGGUUUAAGAUUGAGAAGUAUGAUAACGACUACAAGCUUGUGUUCUGCCCUUCAGUGUGUGAUUUCUGCAAAGUUCUAUGCAGAGACAUCGGCAUUUAUAUUGAUGGCAGGAUACGCCGCCUGGCUUUGAGUGAUGUUCCAUUCAAAGUCAUGUUCAAGGAGGCUUGAAGUUGAAGAUCCUUUCAAUAAAAGUUUUUUCAGUAAUGCACCUGGGAAAUUCCUUCUUGCUCAUUGAACUUUGUUUCUUGAGUUUAAUUUACCUUACACUAAAAAUGAAUAAAUUAAACUCUGUUAAUUAUGACUUGAGAAUGCAUAAAGUUUUAUUAUAA